UAAGUGGUAAAUAGUAAAUACUCUCAACAGUUUUACAGACUUACAGUUAUCUACUUGUAAUUUGUUAUACACUUACAUAGUUACAUACGAUUGCAUUUUUUUAGUACAGCAAGCUAACAUUAAGUCAUGGACGCGAAUGCUUAUUAUAGGGAUUUCGAUUUGGAAUCAAUUAAUGUCACAUUGCGAUUUUGCCAACAAGAGUAUGGGGACGUCAACUGUGUUGUAUGGGAUGCGUCCCUAGUAUUGUCCAAAUAUUUAGAAACGCUGUACCUGAAGAACAAUAAAACAUUCGACUCUAAAAGAGUUAUUGAGUUAGGCUCAGGAUUAGGCUGCGUUGGUCUGGCUGCUGCAUGUUUCGGGGCAAAUGUUCAACUGACAGAUUUACCAGAAAAUUUACACCAAUUAAAAAGAAAUGUUGACGAAAACAUGCCUUGUUUAAAAGGUAGUGUUCAAACUGUUGCAUUAACAUGGGGUACCACAUUUGAGUCGGAGCCUUAUGAUUUUCUGUUGAUGGCAGACUGCAUUUAUUAUCCAGAAGUAGUGGAGGCAUUGGUGAAAACUAUGACUGAGUUAACUGCACCAAACACAGUAAUAUUAAUAUGCCAAGAACUUAGAGAAACCGAAAAACAAAAGAACACAUGGCAAAUGUUUUUAAACUUACUGGUUGAACACUUUGAGAUAUCAUAUGUUCCAGAAGAAGAACAACAUCCAAUUUUUAGAAGUUCUGAUAUAGUAUUAAUAAACGCAAAAAAAAAAUGAUAGCAAAAUAAAAAUUUAAUAUAAU